GCUCUUCCGGUCUGCGGCGCGCCUCGCGAGCCUACGUAACGGCGCCGGGUGGAAGGCGGUGGGGCCCCGGGGCUGGCGGUCGCGGAGGCCCGGGCACCGCUGGACCCCGCGCCCGCGCCCGCCGCGACCGCCAUGUCGCUGCUGCAGUCUGCGCUCGACUUCCUGGCAGGCCCGGGCUCCCUGGGCGGUGCUGCCGGCCGCGACCAGACUGACUUCGUGGGGCAGACGGUGGAGCUGGGCGAGCUGCGGCUGCGGGUGCGGCGGGUCCUGGCCGAGGGAGGGUUUGCAUUUGUAUAUGAAGCUCAAGAUCUGGGAAGUGGCAGAGAGUAUGCAUUAAAGAGAUUGUUGUCCAAUGAAGAAGAAAAGAACAGAGCCAUCAUUCAGGAAAUUUGUUUCAUGAAAAAGCUUUCCGGCCACCCCAACAUUGUCCAGUUCUGCUCCGCAGCGUCAAUAGGGAAAGAGGAGUCGGACACGGGGCAGGCUGAGUUCUUGCUGCUCACAGAGCUCUGCAGAGGGCAGCUGGUGGAGUUCUUAAAGAAAGUGGAACCGAGAGGCCCACUCUCAUGUGAUGCCGUCCUGAAGAUAUUCUAUCAGACAUGCCGGGCCGUGCAGCAUAUGCACAAACAGAGGCCGCCCAUCAUCCACCGGGACCUCAAGGUGGAGAACUUGUUGCUUAGUAACCAGGGGACCAUUAAGCUGUGUGACUUCGGCAGCGCCACAACCAUCUCACAUUACCCUGACUACAGCUGGAGCGCCCAGCGGCGUGCCCUGGUGGAGGAAGAGAUCACCAGGAACACAACGCCCAUGUACAGGACGCCAGAAAUCGUGGACUUGUACUCGAACUUCCCGAUCGGCGAGAAGCAGGACAUCUGGGCCCUGGGCUGCAUCCUGUACCUACUGUGCUUCCGGCAGCACCCAUUUGAAGAUGGGGCACGGCUUCGCAUCGUGAACGGGAAGUACUCCAUCCCUCCCGAUGACACCCGGUACUCCGUGUUCCACAGCCUCAUCCGCGCUGCGCUGAGGGUCAACCCGGAGGAGCGGCUGUCCAUCACAGAACUGGUGAACCAGCUCCAGGAGAUCGCGGCCGCCCGGAACGUGAACCCCACGGCACCCAUCGCUGAGCUCCUGGAGCAGAAUGGGGGCUAUGGGAACACUGUGUCAUGCCGGGGGCCCCCUCCUCCCGGGGGCUCCCCUGGUAGCAGCUACAGUGGAGGCCUGACGGUCGCUGAGUAUGACCAACCCUAUGGUGGGCUCCUGGACAUCCUGCGUGGGGGCACUGGGCGCCUCUUCACCAACCUCAAGGACACCUCAUCCAAGGUCAUCCAGUCUGUUGCCAGUUAUGCAAAGGGAGAUUUGGACAUAUCUUACAUCACAUCCAGAAUUGCUGUGAUGUCGUUCCCGGCAGAGGGCGUGGAAUCUGCCAUCAAAAAUAAUAUAGAAGAUGUGCGGUUGUUUCUGGACUCCAAGCAUCCAGGACGUUACAUGGUCUACAACCUGUGUACCAGAACGUACCGGCCCUCCAAGUUUCACAACCGGGUCUCUGAGUGUGGUUGGGCAGCCAGGCGGGCCCCAAGCCUCCAUGGCCUGUACAGCCUUUGCAAGAAUGUGCAUGCAUGGCUCCGGCAGGACCACAGGAACGUGUGUGUCGUGCACUGCGUGGAUGGGAGAGCCGCGUCUGCCGUGGCUGUGUGUUCCUUCCUGUGCUUCUGCCGGCUCUUCAGCACCGCAGAGGCUGCCGUGUACAUGUUCAGUAUGAAGCGCUGCCCGCCGGGCAUUUGGCCGUCCCACAAGAGGUACAUCGAGUACAUGUGUGACAUGGUGGCCGAGGAUCCUGUUGCGCCCCACAGCAAGCCUAUCCUGGUGAGGGCUGUCACAAUGACACCCGUGCCACUGUUCAGCAAGCAGAGGACCGGCUGCAGGCCCUUCUGCGAGGUCUAUGUGGGGGACGAGCGUGUGACCACCACAUCCCAGGAGUACGACAGGAUGAGGGAUUUUAAAAUCGAGGAUGGCAAGGCCGUCAUUCCCCUGGGCAUCACAGUCCAAGGGGAUGUGCUUGUUAUAAUCUACCACGCGAGGUCCACCCUGGGAGGAAGGCUGCAGGCCAAGAUGGCGGCCAUGAAGAUGUUCCAGGUCCAGUUCCACACUGGUUUUGUGCCCCGGAACGCAGCCACCGUGAGAUUUGCUAAGUAUGACCUUGAUGCUUGUGACAUUCAGGAGAAAUACCCAGAUUUGUUCCAAGUGAACCUGGAAGUGGAGGUGGAGCCCAGAGACAGGCCCAGCCAGGAGGCCCCACCCUGGGAGGGCACAAGCAUGAGGGGUCUAAACCCCAAAAUCCUGUUUUCUAGCCGCGAGGAGCAGCAAGACGUUCUGUCUAAAUUUGGGAAGCCAGAGCUCCCACGGCAGCCCGGCUCCACCACUCAGUACGACGCCGAGGCAGGGUCUCCAGAUACAGAGCACACAGAGUCAGAUUCACCGCAGAGCGGCCCGGACACCAGCCACUCUGUGCACACACUGGAUGGGCACGAGGAGACAGACGCAGAGGCCGGCCCCGAAUGUACCCCGUCCCUGGAGAGUCCGCCGGCCCCCGCUGAGGUCAGAGGUGAGAGUGACCCCUCUGACGAGGAAGCCGCAGUGUGCUCAGUGGAGAGCAAGGACACGGCUGAUGAGGACACACCAGGCCCAGCCGUGAGGCCACAAGAUGGAGAGUUGAUUUUUGACUCUGACUCGCCAGGCAUACCCCAGGCACCCGCACUGCGGGAGGACAGUGUCGACCUCCUGGGGCUGCACUCCGAGGCGGGGCCUGCGCCCCCCGUGCAAGCCUAUGGAGCCCCGUCCAGUAACGCCGAUCUGCUCAGCUGCCUCCUGGGGGCCCCCGAGGCUGCUCCAGAGGGCUCCCCAGGCGAUCUGCUGGGCGGAGAGACUCCCGUGCUCUUGGCAAGCCCGGCCCCUCCCCUGAGUGCACAGGACACAUCUCUGGAGGGGCCCCGUGUGGCCGCCGACCCAUUUGACCCUCUUCUGCUGCCGUCUGAUCCAGAUACCCAGCCUUACUCCAAACCUGACCUCUUUGGCCAACUUCUUACUUCAGACUCUCCAGCCACUGCAUCCGUGUCCUUCCCGUCCAUCCACAGUGCCCCGCCACCGGCCCACAACCCCGAUUUUGCACACCUGGGGGAAGAGCCUGGCAGGAUGACAACCUCGGCCAGCCACCCAGAUCUGCUGGGAGGGUGGGGUGUCUGGGCUGAGGCCCCCACCCCAGCACCAGCCACAGAAGGCCCCUUCUUCUCUCCUGGAGGCCAGCCCACCCCUCCUGGCCCCCCGGCCAGCGGGAGCAAGCCUCAGAGCCUGGACCCGUUUGCAGACUUUGGCGACCUCGGUUCUGGCCUCCAAGCAAGUGACAGAGCAGUGAGACGGAGAGUUCGCAGACCCAGAGAUGAGCCGGGAACGUCAUCAGGCAACAGGGCCUCGGGGACACUUGGCUGCUGCACAGGUGGCACAGAGCACACGUCUUCCUAGUGCAUCUGGGGGACCCCCACCCAAAAGGCCAUGUCCCACCUUAAACCUCGACAGGUGUAGAAGAACUGGAGUCCCACAGAUACAGCCGGUCUCUGACUGUGGAUCGGCCCAGAAAUUAGUAGGGUCGCUGGAGCCUUCUGGUGCCUGGGUACCAAAUAGCACAUGGUUAUUGGACUUGCAAGAAAGCUGAACAGUCUAUGGAACUGAACCACCUGGAAGAUGAAGCCGGAGGCUUUGGGCAGCAUCUGGAGCAGAGCUGGGAGGGAGCUGUUGGCACCCUGACCUCAGCACAUUUGAGAAACAGCAGAAUAAAUUCAGAGCAAACAAGGGAGGAAACCAGCCAAAAUCAGAGAAAUAGAAAACAAAAACAAAGAAAACAGAUUACUUAGACAAAUGUAAAGAAGAAACAAUAAAAGUUGCUGGUGGUGGAAAUGCGGUGGGGGCAGGACUGCAGACCUUAGAGGCCGAAGGGUGAGGAUGCACACAGUUCUCUGCACAUGUGUUUGAUGACUUACACAGAGCAAACAGACUCUUCCAAGCGAAUCACACAAACUCACCCGGCCUCCCAAAAAGGAACUCUCCACUCCCAGAUGGCUUCACUGGGGAAUUCUACCAACCAAUCCCACACAGCCUAUUCCAGGAACUAGGAAAAGGAGGGAACAUUCUGCUAUCGAUUUUAUGAAUCUAGUAUUACCCCACACCGAAACAAGACAGAGACAGAAAAAAAAAGCACCACAGGGCAACAUCCCUCAUGAAUAUAGGUGCAAAAAUCCACAAUGAAAUAUUAGCACAGAGGAUUCAUCAACAUGUAACAAAGAUUACACUGCACCACCAAGGAGGGUUUAUUCCAGGAAUGACUGCAGGGCUGGCUCACGUUCCACAACCAAUUAACAGAAUCCACCACAUUAAUUGGCCAGAGAGAAGUACGCAGUCACACCAGCAGCGCACAGAAGGCCCUGACAGCCCUCUGUGGUGAGCCUUCUCAGCACACCGGUAACAGGAAGGGAGCUUUGCCAGCGUGCCGAGUCCCUGCAGACCCCACGCCUGGUGGCAGGACUGCAGCCUCUCCCCCAACUCCCCACUGGGGUGCACACGGCACACUUGGGCAGGAAAGGAUGUGGAGGAGCUACCUGCCCGGGAAAGGGAACGGUGACGCUGUAUUCCUUGGGCAAUGUGCUCGUCCACGUGGGAGAUCUCAAAGGUACAAAAGCCUUUCUGAUCCCAGGAGCGCGUUUAGUAGGUCACAGGACACACAGUCAGCAGACAAACUCAAACCAGCAGUGUGGACAAGGAUCCCCAGGUUUGAAACAGCAUCACUUAGAGUCACUUAAAAAAGAAAGAAGAAACACUUCAGUAACACUUGACAAAACACAUACAGAAAAUGGGUGGCGAAAGUGCAAAACCAGACAGACGAGAAAACGUCAGAUAACCUGGAAGAGCGGAGAGAUGAGGCGCCUGUGGGUGGAAAACCCGACAGCCAAGGUGCCAGCCCUCAUCCGGGGCAGCUGUAUGGUCAGCACACUUCCCACCCAAAGCCCAGCAAGGAUGCCUGCUCACUGGAGAGGAUACUGGGGGCAUAGGAGCCAGGCCACCAAAGUGUUUUCCUUCUGGGCAGAGAGUCUGGGGGGCGCCCAUCCAGCUCACCGCGUAGCUUCCAGGUGCAUAGAGGGGGGACCCAGACAUAGACCCACGCUAAUAAGACGUGCUGGACAGCAGGCAGCCUCACCCUAAACCUUACCGCCUCUGUGGUUUGGGGAAACAGUUUCUACAUGAGGCCAGAAAGGAAAGUGCCAUUCAGCCUCUUAUAAAGUUCAAUGUGCAGCUCCAUUCAUCCCAGAGAAAUCAAAGCCUAGGCUUGCUUGAAAGCCUGUGCUUGAGGGCUCGUAGCAGCUUUGUAAUUCGCAGAAACUACUAACCCUGUGGCCUGUGGUUGAACAGACACCCACCCCACAGCGCCACUUGGCAGUAACAGCGGAGCGAGUGCAGAGAGCCCAUUGCAAAGGUCACCUGCUGCCCUAUCCCACCUCCAGAGUACUCUUAAAAUGGGAGUCAUGGGAGAGCACAGGGGUGUCUGAGUUGGUGCUUACGUGAAUGCACCUGUGGUGGAGCGGCACAGAAAUAGACACACUACAAGGACAUGCGUGCAUACACAUGGCCCCACACACAUUCGCACGCUCACAAACCAGCUGGCACCAGCCUGCAGAUGAUGAUUAUGGGGGGUCUCAGGUAGAUGUAAGGGACUCUGGGCACCGGUUUUUGGCUCCCUAUGAAGUCUAUUUCAAUCGGAAAGUUAAGGACCCAGCCCUGCAUUUUGAGGGGGAGAGGGAAGGCCCAUGCUCACCCCAGCGCCCCCCACCCUAACCUCAUCAGCUGCUCACCUGGUGUCCAACCUUGAGCGCUCAGUUUCGCGUGCGUGCCUUCUGGCCUGUGUGGGCUUUAAGGACAGGAGUGGAGGUGUAGCUGCCCCUUGG